UGUGAAGAACCUUUCGAUUCUAUUAUUUAGGUUGGGAUUCGAUAUAAAUUUAAAUACUUUGAUGUUGAUUUAGUAAGAAGUAGCCAUACUCAAAAGGUUUAUUUUCAUGCACAUGUGAUCUCACAUUUUUCAGCAAUCAAACAUCGGAAUAAUCUUUUUUGCACAAUAUCUUGCUUGUGCAUGUGGAGUACAAAACUAAAGAACAUGACAAUUGUGUACAAACAUUGGCAAAGUAAAUUGCAUGAAAACUUAUUAGUUCUUUCCUCUUGGAAAUUGUGAAGAAAAAAAAUUCUGCCUUUCACAACUUAAAGAAAAAUACCUUCCUUUUGUCUAUUUCUCAUGUUCCGGAAUGACAACGUGAAUCCAAAUUGAUCCCAAACGUCAGAUUUCAAAGUUGCAGGCGCCGACUUCACGCUGCUACCUUUUGCUUUGGGCACCAUUUUCUUGUUUCUGGUCAACCGCAAAGCGCCCCCCACUGGCCAGGAAGUGCAUCGAUUCAGAGUAUUUGCUGAAUUGAUAUUGAAUUGGGGGUGGCACAUCUGCCUCACAGUUCUGAGGUUGCGGGUUCAAAUCUGGCCUCGCCUGUGUGGAGUUUGCAUGUUCUCCCUGUGCCUGCGUGGCUUUUUUCCGGGUACUGCGGUUUCCUCCCUUAUUCGAAAAACAUGCAUGCUCGGUUCAUUGAAGACUCUAAAUUGCCCGUAGGCGUGAAUGUGAGUGCGAUUGGCGACCAGUUCAGGAUGUACCCGAGCCUCUCGCCCAGAGUCAGUACGCCCGCAACCCUAGUGGGGAUAAGCGGUACAGGAAAUGAAUGAAUCAAUGAAUGCUAUUGAAUUGGACAUGGGCUUGCGAUGCAUCGAUAAAUCAAUAUUUUUUUUACCCACCCCUAAUUAUUGACGAUGAGGAUGUUCUUGCUAUACUGAAGCAGUUCUCUGACCACGUGACUUUCCUGUUCUACUUCGAGCUUCCUGCUUUGUGUCCGCAGAGGAUGUUUUUAUUCCUGUUUUCCUCCUCGUGGUCUUGGUGGACACGAAGACCACAAUCUCUGCUUGUCCUUCACUGUCUUUCAGGAUUCUGCUUGCCUCUUUGCUCCAGACUUGACUUUGCGUGGAUCCUUCCGGACGCCUCUUGAACUUUUUUGUCAUUGUCCUCUUUGACCUGCGAUGGACGGCGCUCCAAAAGGCUUCGCGGCGGGGCGUGGCCUCCUAGCCGCCGCCGACACCUUGAACUUCAACGUGAACGAGCAGCGGCCCAUCCGGCAAAUGGGGGGCGGGGUUUCGGGGGGUGGCGGCGUGGAGGAGCAGGAGAGCGGCUCACGCGUGCCCCGUGGUGGCGGCCAUCUGGGCGGCACCAUGAAGCUGUUCGCCAGCUUGGGGCUGUCACCCUCCGAUCUGGACGCUCUGGCUCAGAUCCCUGAGGAGGACAUCAGCGUGGAGACGCUCCCGCAGAUCCUCAUGCAGCUCAAGAACCGCAAGGCGGGGCGGGGGCCCUCCUCCGCGCCCCCCGACGAGGCCUACCGGGGCGGCGGGGGCCGGAUGGGCGCCGCCUCUUUCGGCAUGGGUUCUGGCUCGUCAGACUUCGGAUUCGCUUCCCCGCAGGGGGCCUCCCUCGGCCGCGGAAUGCGCUUGAAUUUCGGCGGUGGUGGCGGGAGCAGAGAGAGGUCAUACUCUGAACUUUCGCUCCGCGAUUCCUACGGCGGUCCGCAGGGGGCGUUGCUCUCCCAACCCGCCUUCACGCAGCCGCGCAGGAAAGGCUCUCCGUCGCAGGGAAAGGUCCAAGACUUUUUGGGAGCCCCGCCCCCCCGGUUCCCACACGUGUGCUCUCUUUGUGACUUUGACGUGCAUUCCAACAUGGAGUGGACCCAACACACAAAUGGACUUCGACAUGCUGAGAACAGGCGUGUGCUGCUCAACAUGUACCCCGAGUGGGAUCCCAGCGGGGCUCCAGGAAGAAGCGGCGCCAUGGAGUCCACCAACCUGUCAGCGGGGCUGCUGGGACCUGCCCCGUCGGCGCCUGGCCCGGGGGCCAGGAUGCUGUCCAGUUGGGGACCUGGACCGGGAUUGGGUCUCGCCAUGUCAGGGCAGAACCGCUCAGGAUCAAACGUGAUGAGGAGCAGGGUGGUGGUGGUGAAAUAUGACAGGAGGCCCCUCAGCAACAAGACUUUGUUCGCCUUCGCCGAACCUUUUGGUCGUCUGCAGGAGCACCUGGUCCUCAAGACAAAAGCAUUUCUGGAGAUGGAGACGCACGAAGAGGCGCUGGACAUGGUGAACUUCUACGAGCGCAAGCCGGCCACGCUCUACGGGAAGCCCAUCACCUUCUACCUGUCCAAGAGGUUGAUGGUCAUCCAGAAGGAUGAGCGGUCGUCGGACCGUCCGCCCUGGCCUCCCAGAACGGACGGUCCAGGUCGCAGAAGUCAGGUGGUCUUCUUCUCCAACCUACCCAGAGAAGUCGGCAAAAAGGAAGAGCUGCUGACCAUCGCUGCUCGCUUUGGCGUGGUGGAGAAACAUCUCUUCUUGACAGACCAGGCGUUCAUCCAGUUGGGAACAUUUGAAGACGCCGAGAUGAUGGUCAAGUACUAUACUGUCAAUCCACUCACAAUCAAAGGACGAGCUGUCCGCCUCAACAUCUGCACCAAGUACAAGACCCUCAACAUCGACCGCAGACACAAGGAACCGGUCGGAGGAGGAAGCAGCCGGAGGGCUGGAACCCAGAGAAGACCAUCCCGGUCUCUAUCCCGGUCGCCUUCCAGGAGCCGAGACGAGGAGAACGGAGCCAAAUCGGCUUCGGAGGAUGAAGAGGAGGUGGCGGGUGUGGUCGAGGGGGAAGGGGACGGGGAGGACCUUCAGAGCGAGUCAGGUGUGGAUGGGGAGGAAAAACCAAGCGAGGCGCCUGCAGAGACCGAGGAGCCUGAGGGAGGGGACGGCGGCAUUCAGAAGGCGCCUGAAGAACACGUAGAUGACGUCACGAAGGACGACAUGUCGGACGAGACACCUGGCGAUGAUGGCAGCGCGGCGGAGAAGGGGGUGGAGUCGGAGGAGCAGCGAACAGAAGCAGGAAGUGGUGUCGAGCAGGCAACGGAGGAGGAUGACAGCUUCCUAGAGAACAUGGAGAACAUGGAAGACUUUGUGACGCUGGACGAGCUCCCUGAUGAUGACGAGAAAGAGGCUGAGGAUGUGGGACAGUCCGGCGGCACCGACACAUCCAGGAAGGGGGGCCUGCGGGUGGUCAACAUCCUGGGCUUCAGACGAGGGUACAAAUUCCUGGACGAGCUGCUGGGACUGGCGACGCCCUUCGGGAAGGUGGUAAAGCAUCUGGUCCUGGACUGGAGGCCGGAGGCCUUCCUUCAGUUCGCCACUGAAGAAGAAGCGAGGGCGAUGGCCAAGUUCUACAACGGGAACGUCAUGCCGUCUGUGUGCGGGCGUCCAGUGAGGGUCAACCACUCUUUGACCUACCCGACCAUCCAGUGCGGCGCCAGCAGGGUGGUGUACGUGGGCCAGCUGCCCAACAGCAAAUAUGAAGAUGAGGACGUCCUCAAACUGGCCGAACCCUUCGGCAAAGUCAAAAAGUACUUCCUGAACCCCAUCAAGAGGGAGUGUUUCCUGGAAAUGGAGAAGGCGGAAGCAGCGGAUGAAAUGGCCCAAACCUACAAAACCAACCAAGCAAAGUUGAACGGUAGACGUCUUCUAAUCUACGUCAGCAGGAAGUACACGCAGCUCAAGUAUGGACAUAGUUGUCCCAGCGCCACCACCAAGAGGGGCCCGAGCAGCUCGCCUCCAAAGUCCUCCAAACCCUCUGAAGAACCUCCAGCCAAGAAAACCAAGGAGGAAGAGGAAUGCAAAAAAGAGGAGGAGAAGAAACCCCAGGAAGAAGAGGAGCCAAAAGAACUUAAACCCCAGGAGGAAGAAGAGCAGCAGAAGGCCCAGGACGAAGAAGGGCUCAAAGAGGAAGAGGAGAAACCUGAAGAGGAGCUUGAAGCGGACCAGAAGAAACGUCAAGAAGAAGAGGAGCAAAUGGAAUCUCAGGAGCAAGAGGAUGUGCUGAGCUCACAUCAGAAGACGGAAGUGGACACUACGGCAAACAUUCCUGAUUUUCCAGAUCAGAAACAAAACAGCAGCCUGGAACUGACAGAGGACGAGCCGGUUGUCGCCAUGGAGACAUCAGCCCAUCAGAACAAAGAGAGCGCCCCCCCGGCCUCUGAGACGAAAACCAGCGCGGCGUCUCUGCCGCUUCUGCCGUUCGAUCCCGAAAAAGCCAUCGGUGUGGAACACAUCAAGCUGGGUUACUACUGCCGAGUUUGUCUCCUUUUCUACUCCAACGAGGACAUGGCCAAGAAGACGCACUGCAGCAGCCAGACUCACUACGACAAGCUGCAGAAACAUCUGGAGAAGGAACAAGGCAAAGCGGAGAAGAAGCGAGCCAAGAAGACGAGCGCGUGACCACCUUUGGCCAGCGGCCACCGAGACCUUUUCUUUUUCUUUAGCUGCUAACCUUUAACAAUAGACAAAUGGACCGCGCUUCACACAUUAGCUAGUUGCCAUGUGACAUCGCUCUCAUCGAGUCAGUUUCCAUAGUGUGGGUGGACUUAAGUUGGCAUGUUUGUUUUAAGAAAUAAAUGUUUUACACAUUU